AUGCGGCGGGAAGGUGAGCGGCACCGGCUGCGAGCGAUGGGACCGGGCGCCAGGCGCCGGGCACUGGGAGCGAGCGGUGGGAUCGGGCGCUGGGCAACGGAAUGGGGGCCGGGAGUGAAGAGCAGGUGCCACGAGCACCGGGCCGAGCACCAGGAGCAGCGGGGGGCUCUGAUGCCGCGGGCCAGCCCCGCAGCCCCCGGGGACCAUGUGCGCAGUGGGGACCUGGCCCUCAAGCGGCCUUGGAUCUACCCGUGCAGUGGGGGCUGCGCUGGGGUUAGCGCAGCUGCCGCGAGCUGGUGUUGCCGGGGGGUGUUGCUCGACCCUCGAGCUGCCGGGGGGUGUUUGUCCAAAAAAAACGCCACCGGGGCCCCCUACGCCGGCCACAGCUACCUGAGCGGCUUCAUCUCGCUGCUGCUGCGGGCCGAGCCCUACCCCACGGCCCGCUACGGGGCCCAGUGCCUGCAGCCCAGUAACGUCAUGGGCAUCGAGAACAUCUGCGAGCUGGCCGCCCGCCUCCUCUUCAGUGCCAUCGAGUGGGCCAAGGGCAUCCCCUUCUUCCCAGACUUCCAGCUCUCCGACCAGGUGGCCCUGCUGCGCAUGGCGUGGAGCGAGCUGUUCGUGCUCAACGCGGCGCAGUGCGCCAUGCCGCUGCACCAAAGGGCAGUUUUGCAGCCUGAUGUUCUGACAGACGAUUUCAUGGUUGGGGAGGAGAAGUUUAAAGACCAAAAAGCCUCACGGGGACCCAGCUCAUGGGACCCAGCGCAGGCGGAUGCCGUGGGGCUGUCGGAGCUGGGGCCCGUGGAGAGCGUGCAGGAGAAGUCGCAGUGCGCGCUGGAGGAGUACGUGCGGAGCCAGCACCCGAGCCAGCCGAGCCGCUUCGGGCGCCUGCUGCUGCGCCUGCCCUCGCUGCGCCUCGUCUCGGCGCCCGUCAUCGAGCAGCUCUUCUUCGUGCGCCUCGUGGGCAAGACGCCCAUCGAGACCCUCAUCCGGGACAUGCUGCUCUCGGGAUCCACCUUCAACUGGCCCUACCUCGCCAUGCAGUGA